UACACUGUAGAGCUGCACGAAGUCAAGGAGUCGACAGUUCGGGGGGGGGAAGCGUGUAACAGAAACACAUCAGGCAUUCAAGAGUCUGAUCUGUAUUACGCAGACGUUUUGCGACGGUGGCACAUUUGCUCAAAUGCUCACCACCAAGCCAGCGGCGGACGGACAACAGAAUUACAACUUAAAUUUUCUUAAUAAUCAACUAUAGUUUAACAUUUCCGUCACCUUCAUCGUUAAAGUGUUCCGCACGCUCUAAUUUUAAUUUUCUACCAGGAUGGUGUCGUCGCCGUUAUUUAUUUUGAUGCCCACACGGGCGCAUUUUCGUGAGAAUCUGUUUUGUCCGUGAGGAUUUUCCCUCCACUGGCUUUAUCAUAUUUUUUAGUCGGGUGGAUUUUUCCCCCCCUGUCUCCCGUCUUUAAGAUAGCAGGCUAUUAAUUUUUAAUUCUUAUGCAUCCGCACGAAGACGGCACCAGAGAGGAGAAAAAACGAGUGAUAACCAGAGGGGAAGAAAAGGAGAAGGAGGCAAGUGAGGAGAGAAACGAGAAUGAAUGAGACACACUGAGAAAACAAGGAGAAGGAGAUUGGAGGAAUCAAGGUUCACCCUCAAGGUGGGUGUAAGCUGAGGAAGUGCCCCCCAACUCACCUGUGCCUGCUGACCACCUCUGACCACCUAGACCAGUUCCUUACACUUCUCGGCCUCAAGCAUGGCUCUUGCAGUCUGGAUCGUCUUCACUUGUGCUGUGGCUUCCAGCAACAUUGCUCCAUCCUCACAGGCUCUGAGCCGGUCAAUGAUGCCCUUCGGUUUGAUGCGCCGGGAGCUGGCGUGUGAAGGCUACCCGAUCGAGCUGCGUUGCCCUGGAAGUGAUGUCAUCAUGAUUGAGACGGCUAACUAUGGCCGCACCGAUGACAAAAUCUGUGACGCAGACCCCUUUCAGAUGGAGAAUGUGCAGUGCUACCUGCCCGACGCCUUCAAGAUAAUGUCACAGAGGUGUAAUAAUCGUACUCAGUGUGUGGUGGUUGCGGGGUCAGACGUGUUCCCAGACCCCUGCCCAGGGACCUACAAGUACUUGGAGAUCCAGUAUGAGUGUGUCCCCUACAUAUUUGUGUGUCCGGGGACACUGCUGCGGGUGCAGGUGCCCAGCUCUCAGCAGGAGGCAGAGCAUCAGGCGGGGGCAUGGUGUAAGGACCCACUACAGUCAGGGGACCGUCUGUACGUCAUGCCCUGGACCCCCUAUCGCACCGACAUGCUGUAUGAGUAUGCCUCCUGGGAAGACUUCAAACAGAGCCGAGCCACCACCACCUACAAGUUACCCAACAGAGUUGACGGCACGGGGUUUGUUGUGUACGACGGGGCAGUGUUUUACAACAAAGAACGCACACGAAACAUAGUCAAGUAUGACCUACGUACGCGCAUCAAGAGUGGAGAGGCGAUUGUCACAAACGCCAACUAUCAUGACACUUCACCUUACCGCUGGGGAGGGAAGUCAGACAUUGACCUGGCCGUGGAUGAGAAUGGCCUGUGGGUUAUUUACGCCACUGAAUCCAACAACGGACGACUGGUGGUCAGCCAGGUGAACCCUUACACACUGCGCUUUGAAGGCACCUGGGAGACCGGCUUUGACAAGAGGAUGGCGUCCAACGCCUUCAUGGCUUGUGGAGUGCUUUAUGCAGUGCGAUCAGUCUACCAGGACGAUGACAGUGAAGCAGGGGGUGACCUGGUGACGUAUGCCUACAAUACCAACCGUGCUCGAGAGGAACCUGUCCACAUUGCUUUUCCCAAUCCCUAUCAGUAUAUUUCCUCUGUGGACUAUAAUCCUCGAGACAACCAGCUUUAUGUCUGGAACAACUAUAACGUGCUGCGCUACCCGCUGGAGUUUGGACCACCAGAUCCUACCACUGGCCCUCUGACCACCACUCAAGUGACCACCACUCUUCCAGCAAGGCCGUUCACCUCCAGUGCGAGCCCCUCUACUGCCCGCCCGCUGGCCCCCACCUCGCGCCCAAUCGGUUCCAUCAACAAGAAUCCUGAUCUUCGACCAAUCACUGCUACUGUGCCUGUCACCCGCCGGCCACCUCACCCUCCUCAAGGCUCAGAGCCACAAUUUUGCGAGACGAAGCUCGUCCGCGGUGUCCAGUGGCCAACAACACAGCGAGGAGAAACAGUGGACCGUCCAUGUCCUAAAGGAUCUUUAGGCAUUGCUUCAUUCCAGUGUUUGGCGGAUCAGGUCAUGUGGAACCCACGGGGUCCUGACCUUAGUAACUGCACCUCCCCCUGGGUCAACCAGGUAGCCCAGAAGAUAAAGAGUGGGGAAAAUGCUGCCAACAUAGCUAGCGAGCUGGUGAACCACACUCGGGGUCGGAUCCAGGCUGGAGACGUUAGCUCUUCUGUCCGACUGAUUGAGCAGCUGCUGGAUAUACUGGAUGCCCAGCUUCAGACCCUGAGGCCUGGAAACAAGGAACCAGCUGGAAGAAACUACAACAAGCUUCAGAAGAGAGAGCGGACCUGUAAGGCAUACAUCCAGGCGGUGGUGCAAACAGUGGACAAUUUGCUCCGUCCUGAAGCUUUGGAGUCAUGGCAGGACAUGAACAGCACAGAGCAGUCUCACACUGCCACCAUGCUACUGGACGUCCUGGAAAAAGGAGCCUUCCUGCUGGCCAACAACAUGUACGGGAAAAACUUUACAGACCGAGCGCCCAGCAUUGAUCUCCAGGUGCACGUUGUAAACACAGAGAUGGACAUGCAGGACUUGUCCUUCCCGCAAAAUUACGCCAGUGACAGCACCAUCCAGCUCUCAGCCUCUACUAUCAAACAGUACAGCCGCAACGGACAAGUCAAGGUGGUAUUCAUUCUGUAUAAAAAUUUGGGAUCCUUUCUUUCCACUGAGAACGCCACUGUGAAGAUGGAAAUGGAAGGACCAAACCACGAUAAGAAGCGCCUGGUGGUCAACUCUCAUGUGAUUGCUGCUUCCAUCAACAAAGAGUCCAGCAGAGUGUUUCUCACUCAACCAGUGAUUUUCACGCUUAAACAUCUAAAGUCGCACAAUUACAACACUCCAAAUUGUUCUUUUUGGAACUACUCCGAGCGCUCCAUGACUGGCCAGUGGUCAUCGCAGGGCUGCAGGCUACUGGACACUAACAACACACACACCACCUGCUCUUGCAGCCACCUCACCAACUUUGCGGUGCUCAUGGCUCACCACGAGCCCGACGGACAGAUGCACGAGCUGAUCCUUUUUGUGAUCACCUGGGUGGGGAUUGUCAUCUCCCUGGUGUGUCUAGCCAUCUGCAUCUCCACUUUCUGCUUCCUGCGGGGGCUCCAGACUGACCGCAACACCAUCCACAAAAAUCUCUGCAUCAACCUCUUCAUCGCAGAGCUGCUCUUCCUCAUCGGCAUCGACAAGACCGAGAACCAUAUUGCCUGUCCCAUCUUUGCUGGCCUUCUGCAUUUCUUCUUCUUGGCUGCCUUCUCCUGGAUGUGUCUGGAGGGUGUGCAGCUCUAUCUCAUGCUGGUGGAGGUCUUUGAGAGCGAGUACUCACGCAAAAAGUACUACUAUCUGUGCGGCUACUGCUUCCCCGCACUGGUGGUGGGCAUCUCUGCAGCCAUAGACUACAGGAGCUAUGGGACCAAGAAAGCAUGCUGGCUGCGAGUGGAUAACUACUUCAUCUGGAGCUUCAUUGGACCUGUUUCAUUUGUUAUUAUGCUCAACCUCAUUUUCCUCAUGAUCACUUUGCACAAGAUGAUACGCAACUCUUCGGCACUUAAACCUGACUCCAGCCGCCUGGAUAAUAUCAAGUCCUGGGCACUGGGGGCCAUCACUCUGCUCUUCCUACUUGGCUUGACAUGGGCCUUUGGCCUCCUCUUCAUUAACGAGAAUACAGUCAUCAUGGCCUACCUUUUCAGCACCUUCAAUGCCUUCCAGGGCAUGUUCAUCUUUAUCUUCCACUGUGCCCUGCAGAAGAAGGUCCAUAAGGAGUACAGUAAAUGUCUGCGUCACUCCUAUUGCUGCAGCCGCACCUCUACCAACAGCUCCCACGGUUCGUUGAAGAACUCGGGCCUCCGUGCCAACAACCGCUACUACAGUGGCAGCCAAGCUCGCCAUGCAGCAGCCCACAGACAGAGUCGGAUCCGCAGGAUGUGGAACGACACGGUUCGGAAGCAGACGGAAUCUUCUUUCAUGGCGGGAGAUAUCAACAGCACCCCGACACUCAACCGUGCAACCAUGGGGAACCACCUUCUGACAAACCCAGUGUUACAGACUCGCUCUGGUACCUCUCCUUACAACACUCUGCUGGCUGAAAGCUUCACCCCGCCCUCACCUGGUGUCUUCAACUCUACUGGAACCUUUCGUGACCCAAAGACUGCAUUAUCUAAGCCCCGUGACCCGUGUGGAAUGGAAACCCUGCCCUUGAACGGUAACUUCAACAACAGCUACUCCCUGCGUGGUGGCCCAGCAGGUGGAGGUGGGGGCAGCUGUGACUUCCUAAGUGGUGGGAGUGGAGAAACUCCCCCACCCAUCUUUAAUCCCCGCAGCUCAGAAGCUCUGGGAGGCGGAGGCGUCAGAAGAAACCUCUCUGAUGCUGCGGCCUUCGAGAAAAUGAUCAUCUCCGAGCUUGUGCACAACAACUUGAGAGGUGGUGUUGGAGGAGGAAGUGGAGGAGGUGGAGGUGAAGUAGGGGACAGAGUGUAUGGCAGCCUGGCCAGAGGACAUCCUCACGGUGGAGUUGGUCGGGGAACAGCAGCUGGGCCAGACCAAUCUGCGAGUAUGGAUGAAGAGGAGGACUUUAUGAGAGAGGGGCGGCAGCGUACGCCACAGGAUGUAGAGCUGCUGUAUAAAGCUCUGGAGGAGCCCCUGCUGUUACAGCGUGCCCAGUCAGUCCUUUACCAGAGCGAUCCAGAGGAGUCGGAGAGCUACACGGCCGACCUCACAGAGAGCCUGGGCCACAGUGGCCAAAGUGCUGGUGGGCAGGGAGGCAACAGAGCGCCUGAUUCUCCUGCCCAUGACUCCCUGUACACCAGCAUCACCAACCUGCGAGACUCACCCUACCCUGACAGCAGUCCUGAGCCCCUGGAGGUGGUGCCCCGCUCAGCUCAGCCCCCGGAGGAGCUGUACUACAGCUCCGGGAGGCCUGCCCUGGGCUCUCGUGGGGCCCCAAUGCAGACCUUCUACCAAGCCCCACCCCGGAGACCAAGUGGGGAGGGACACCAGGCCCAAGAGCCUGUCCACAAUGAGGGUGAUGGACAGAUGCAGCUGGUCACCAGCCUGUGACUGGAGGUUAAAGAGGAAGUUGGGGACUAAUGUGAUGGCCAGAGCCUCCUCCUAGCCCAUCUCUCUCUCGGGUCUCUCCACUUUCUGCUUGUUUGGUUGCCUUUCUUUGUCUUGACUUUUAUUUAACUAACAUAUGAGCAAACAAAUUGACUUUCUGGGGGAUACAUGGCUGACUCUGCAGAUGAAGGCUUUAUCUUCAACCCUCCCCAGUCUUAUGGAGAUGAGGGAUGGGUGUUUUUCCACAGAGUGUUCAUCGGCUCUGUCUAACCCCAGUCGUCCCCAGUUCUUCUGGUACCCUAAGGCCAAGUCCAGCACUCUGAAUGUACCAACCCACCCCCUUUACCUUUUGGAUUUUUCAAAACUUUAGAAACUUUGUUAAAGCUUUUUUCUUUUUAAAUGUAAUUUCUCUUCGAGCCUGCCUCCGGAGAUGGCGAUAUCAUUUUAUAUUUUAUCUCAUUUCCCUUUCUUACCAUCCAUAGGUCUUUUUCAAGUCAUCAUUUGAUAGGAGUAGUUAGCUGUGGAGACAGGGAAUACAGUACACUAUUAUAAUCUAAAAUAUGUCACACAGAAAGCUCUUCAUUGUUGCCAAAAAUAUCUUUUAUUGAGCCAGAACAGAAACUAGAACAUUCACAAGGCAAACUCACGCACACAUAUAUACUUUCACCCAUCUACAAGUGCUCAUUACUGAACAUCAAAAGUAAAAACAGUACCCCGUCUAAGUAAAAGGGAGCAAGAGCUUUUGUUCCAAGCAGGCAGGGGGAGCUGAUUUAGGGUAACUGCCUUCAUUUUUGCGUGCUGUGAAUUGACAGCUCUGUACAGCGGCGGAGUAGAGGUGAAGACAGAGACUGAGGAGGCACUGCACCACCCCUCCAGAACAGGAGAGCCUGCACCCUUAAGACUGGCCAAUCCUCUCCACUGUUCUCUUCGGUCGUUUGCUUUAGGCAUUUUGGAAAGUUAAAUGACUGUCUUGCUGUUGUUUUGAACAGAGUAUUCAAUUUGUUGACUCGGUCUACAUCCUCGAGGGGCUGCGAGUGCGGAUUGGUAUUGCCCCCCAUCCCCUUGUACUUUGCUGUUAGAGCCUAGCCAGUUGAAGUGGACUGGAUCCCUGUGCGGUGCUGUGACAAGCAAGACUGUAAAUGUCACAAUCGCACUGGCCGACCAAUUGGUAUGACCGUGUACAUAGGAACAACACAUGAAUCUACUUUAUUCCUACUAUGUAAAUAGAGACACCAGAUGAUCAAAAGCAACAAAAAGUAAUAAAUACUAUGAGAAAUGACUUCUUGUACUGCAACAAACUGACAAAAGAAAAAAAAAUAAAAUGUUUUGGAGUUUGUGACCUGAAUGAUACACUCUAUCUCUCUCCCCCAUUGCUUGAUCUCUCACUCUCUCACCGUUCUGUGGCCCAGUAGUGUUUCACUUAGUGAAAUUCCCUAGUGAUCAAAAGGCAGCGGUAGAGAGAGAGAGAGAUUAAGAUGUGUAAUAGGUUUUAUUUAUACAAAUGAAAAAUGGAACAAAAAAGA